AUGUUGACUGAAAAUAAUUUUCAUCAUCAUAACGGUGGCUCUGUAGUUUCUCAACAUCGUAUACAUUAUGCACCUUAUCAACAUCCAUCAUAUUCAGGAAAAUCAACGCAACAACAAAAUGACGUACAAAUACCAAAAAUUGAUUUACAUCAAGCUGUACGAACAAAUGAUGUUUCAAGUAUAAUACGUAUACAUAGUCGUCUUCGACAACAACCAACUGUAGCUGAUACGUGUUUACUUGAUUCAAAUGGACAUACACCACUUUAUACAGCUAUUGCUAAUGGACGACUUGCUAUGGUUGAUUUACUUCUUCAUCUCGGUCAUAAUCCUUAUUGCAUAUCAGUAGCCCGUGAAUCAGCAUUAAAUGUUGCUAUAGGUUAUGGUCGUUUGGAUAUAAUUGAUUAUCUAUUAUCACGUGGUUUUCCUGUUGAUUAUGCUGGAUUUGAAAAUAAGACACCAUUAGAACGAGCUAUUGAAUGUAAUCAAGGUUUGGUUGUCGUUACUUUACUUAAACAUGGUGUCGAUUGGCGUCAUUAUGAUGAACAACGUAAAACAGGUGAUACGUCACUUAUUGAAUGGGCACUUGCACAUGAACAUCCACAAGUCUUAGGUGUACUUAUUGAUCUUUAUGGUGAUGAUGAAUCUGUAUUCAAUCAAAUUGGCAUGUUGUAA